GGCUGGGCAUCUCUCCCGGCCUCUCCACAGAGUCGACCGAAGUUUCCGAGGAGCCUACUCUGGCUGGGCUGGACACACCUUUCAAAAGACCCCCAAAACUACUCCGUGCACCUCAAAUGCUCCUUCCCCUCGUGCCCUCCCCCCGCCCCUCCCCCAACCCCUCUCCUCUCAACUACAGGAUUCAGCCUGUCCCCAGAGGGGCUGAGCAUCCUUGAGGUUUCCCACCCUUAAAGGUUCCGUACCCGGAUGGAGCCAGAGAAAUGUGGUGGGGGGGCAGGGGCCAGAGUUUCAACAUUGCCCCCCACAAGGAGGAGCCCGAGAUGGGGCUCCGCGGACCAAAGUCUGACCAGGGUGGCAGGAUGCCGGAGCCCAGGAGUCGUCGGCUUGGCGGUUGCCUGGCCUCUGGAUGCCUCCCAGGGGAGCAGAUCCUAGCAUGGGCUCCAGGGCUGAGGAAGGGGCUGGAACCUGAAUUGCCUGGCACCUUGAUCUGCACCAACUUUAGGGUCACCUUCCAGCCCCAUGGAUGGCAGCGGGGUCAGGACACUCCCCUGAGCAGUGACUAUGAUUUUGCCCUGGUCAACAUCGGGCGGUUAGAGGCUGUGAGUGGCUUGUCCCGAGUCCAGCUCCUGCGUCCGGGGUCCCAGCUUAAGUUUAUUCCUGAGGAGCUUCUGAUUCACGGCCGAGACUUCCGGCUGCUCAGAGUUGGUUUUGAGGCUGGAGGACUAGAGCCUCAAGCCUUUCAGGUGACCAUGGCCAUUGUCCAAGCCAGAGCUCAGAGCAGUCAAGCGCAGCAGUGUUUGGGGCUACCACUGACCAAGGCUGGCCAGGGUUCUGACUCGAGAAAACCACCUAUUCCUCUCUUGGAGACAUCAGAAGACUGGGAGUUUGAGCGGAAGAAGCAGGGGGCCAGAGGCUGGAGGGUGAGCACAGUCAAUGAGAGGUUCGACGUAGCUACCAGCCUCCCCCGUUACUUCUUGGUUCCUAGCCGAGUUCUGGACAGUGAGGUCAGGAGAGCAUUUGGCCACUUCCAUCAGGGCCGUGGACCGCGCCUGUCCUGGCACCACCCUGGGGGCAGUGACCUUCUCCGCUGUGGAGGCUUCUACACAGCCAGUGACCCUAACAAGGAAGAUAUCAGAGCAGUGGAGUCGAUGCUACAGGCUGGGCAUUCCGACGUCGUCCUGGUAGACUCCGUGGAUGAGCUGCCUGGUCUCGCUGAUGUCCAGCUCGCCCACUUGAGGCUGAGGGCCCUCUGCGUGCCUGAUUCAUCUGUAGCUGAGGACAAAUGGCUGUCAGCUCUGGAGGGAACACGAUGGUUGGACUAUGUCAGGUCUUGUCUUCGCAAGGCCAGCGACAUCUCAGUCUUAGUGACAUCCAGGGUUCGUUCUGUAGUUCUUCAAGAGCGCGGUGAUCGUGAUCUCAAUGGCCUCCUCUCUUCACUCGUCCAGCUGCUCUCAGCCCCUGAAGCCCGAACACUGUGUGGCUUCCAAUCACUAGUGCAGCGAGAGUGGGUGGCCGCUGGACACCCUUUCCUGACCCGGCUUGGGGGAACAGGGGCCAGUGAGGAGGCGCCGGUGUUCCUCCUGUUCCUAGACUGUGUCUGGCAGCUCCUCCAGCAGUUUCCAGCUGAGUUUGAAUUCUCUGAGUUUUUCCUUCUUGCUCUUCAUGACAGUGUCAGGGUUCCUGACACCCUUACUUUUCUGAGGAAUACUCCCUGGGAGCGUGGAAAGCAGAGUGGACAGUUCAGUUCCUACACACAAGUCUAUACCCCAGGGUACUCCCAGCCCCCAGCUGGGAAUUCCGUUAACCUGCAGCUGUCUGUCUGGGACUGGGAUUUACGCUACAGUAAUGAACAGAUACUACAAUUCCACAAUCCUGGCUAUAACCCAGAACACGGCCCAGAUUCCUGGCUUCCGAGACAGCAGCCAAGAUUCCUGGUUCCCGGCCCUCCCAGUUCUGUGUGGCUGUUCUCUAAAGGGGCCCUGACCCCUCUACACCAGCUCUGUCCGUGGCGGGAGAGUCCCUCUCUGCUGGCGGUCUCUUCUCGUUGGCUACCCCGGAUGGCUGUCUCCUCUGAAAGCCUGGCUGACCAAGAGUGGGGGCUCCCUUCACACUGGGGAGCUUGCCCUUUACCUCCAGGGCUGCUGCUGCCUGGGUAUCUGGGACCUCAGAUCAGGCUCUGGAGACGCUGCUACCUGAGGGGACGGCCGGAGGUCCAGAUGGGCCUCUCAGCUCUCACAGUCUCUGGCCUCCAGGAUGAACUAUCCCAUCUUCAGGAACUACUAAGGAAGUGGACACCAAGAGCGUUUCCUGGUGAUCACUCCAAGAAAAGAGAUCCAAGUACCAUUCUCUCUCAUCCUGUUGAAAUUGCUGGCAUUCUCAAAGGCAGAGCAGCGGGGAUCUGGGUUGAGGGAGAGUCCUAAUACUGCAGUGUUUUGUAUAUGGCCUUGUUGCCUCAGCUUUCACACUCCAGCUCUUACGCAAACUCACUUAGAAUUGAGUUUGUUGCGGAUGGUGGUGCUAUUCUUUAAUUCUUGUCCUUUUGUUUGGUUCCUGAAGCUGUUGUUUCCUGGGAGUUGAAGAGUUAAGAAACAAAACAAUCCACAAUGUAAUUGCUUUAUAGAUAGUCAGCUAUUUAAGUUGUGACACCAGAGAUGCUGUUCACCAGUUCCAACAGUAUGGCCUGAAGACCUCGUUCUCGCCCCUUCUUGCUGCUUAUUUAAUUCCAAUUUCUGUUUCUUCCUGUAUAGUUUCUUUUGGAAACAAAGUGGAUAUGAAACACACCCUCUCUUCCAACUGUAAAUUUUUGUAGUGGCAUUUCUAUUUAAGUUCAUUAAAGCACAAUAUUUAUACACAUCGCUGGCACUGAUUCUUGGAUUUGAAUGAAGGGUCCUAGAUAGCAAAGACUUAAGAAAAGGCCCCCAUCGUAUGAUUUCUAAGAAAGGAAUGGAUUUGGACCACGUGAGGCUCUGAAUUCUCAUCUCCCAUUUAGAGGCAGGCAGCCAAGAGCAGAUUACAACGUUGCUGGGGCCAGAAGGUGCUCUUGGAGUUGCAGCUUUGGUCACAUUCCAUCCGCGGAGCCUCAGGUUCUGCUCAAACUCCGGCUCGGACAUUACCUCGAGCCCAGCCAGAGGCAUGAGGCCAAAACUAAGACGCGCUUGUGGAGCAGAGUCCUUAGGUUGAGGGGUUCUUGAGAACCUUUACCUUUGGGUGACAAAAGGAUCAGCUGGCUACAAAAUACAGGAAAAGUUACUAUUUUUAGCUUGAAAGAGAGGAACAGACAACUCCCAUCCGCUGGUUCACUCCCCCAAAUGCCUCUAACAGUCGGGGCCGUGCCAGACGCAGACCGGGAGCGGGGAA